AUGUCGGAACCAACUCAAGAGAAAUCUCAAGAACAACCCCAAGAGCAACAGCAGCAACAAGAGCAGCAGGAACAGCAGCCAGAACAACAACAAUCAACUGAAUCAACUGAAAAGGAAUCUCAACAAGCUCAACAACCUCCUUCUCAAGAUGAUGAAAAACAAGUAAAUGCUGCUUCAGCCAAAGAAGGUGGACGCGAAGUUUCAAAUAAAAUUUUGUACGUUGGAAACUUACCGAAAUCAGCUAGUGAAGAAAUGAUUCAAGAAUUGUUUUCAGUUGACGGGAAUCCGGUUAAAACCAUUAAAGUUUUGAAUGACAAAAAUAAAGCAGGGUUUAAUUAUGCUUUCAUUGAAUACGACACCAAUGAAGCUGCUGAUAUGGCUUUGAAUACUUUGAACGGCAGACUUGUUGAUAACGUUGAAAUUAAAGUUAAUUGGGCUUUCCAGUCAGCUGCGAUUGCAGGUAAUCCAAACAACACUGAAGAGCCAUUGUUCAACAUUUUUGUCGGGGAUUUGAGUCCUGAAGUAAACGAUGAAGGUUUAAGAAAUGCUUUCUCGAAAUUUGAAUCUUUGAAGCAAGCCCAUGUCAUGUGGGAUAUGCAGACUUCAAGAUCAAGAGGUUAUGGGUUUGUAACUUUUGGUAACCAAUCUGAUGCUGAGUUGGCUUUACAAACCAUGAAUGGGGAAUGGCUUUGCGGUAGAGCUAUUAGAUGUAACUGGGCUUCCCAUAAACAACAACAGCAACAACAACAUUACAACAAUCAACACGGUGGUGGUUAUAGAGGUUAUCGUAAUAAUAACGGCAACAAUAACAACCGUCAGUUCAGACAAUUCAAUAAUGUUAACCAUGUUGAUAAUAAUGGAUUUUCUCAACCUUUGGUAAACACCAACCCCCAAUUCAUUGGCCAACAGCCACCUCAACCAGAUCAACAUCAGCAACAACAACAGCAGCAACAGCAGCAGCAACAAGCAAUUAAUGGAGCUAAUGGCGUACCACAACAAAUGUUGCAAGGUUUGACUAAUGGUAAUCUUGGACCAGGAACUCCUAUCAAUGGUAAUAAUAAUGCCACUGGUGGGUUUAACAACAAUGGUGGUGCCAAUGCUGCAGGUGCACCAGUGGCUGGAGGUCCAGGAGCUAUUCCAGUAAUGUCACCACAAUCUUAUGAGAUAGUUUUGAGACAAACACCAUCUUGGCAAACAACAGUAUAUUUGGGUAAUAUUGCUCAUUUUACUCAACAGCAAGAAUUGAUUCCACUUUUACAGAACUUUGGGUUCAUAGUUGAUUUUAAAUUCCAUCCAGAAAGAGGUUGUGCAUUUGUCAAAUAUGAUACACAUGAGAGAGCAGCUUUGGCCAUUAUCCAAUUAGCAGGGUUCAACCUUAAUGGAAGACCAUUGAAGUGUGGAUGGGGUAAAGAAAGACCACCACAGUUUCAAAACUUUCCAAGAAAUGGCAAUAUGCAUCAAGUUCCAAUGUAUGGACCCGGUGGGAGACCUUAA